CAAAACUAUUCAGAUCAAAAUAUUUGAUGACGAGGAGUAUGAGAAAAACAAGACUUUCUUCAUUGAACUGAGGGAGCCCCACCUUGUGGAUCUGAGUGUACAGAAAGGAAAACCAUAAGGGUUAAAAUUAUUGAUGAGGAGGAAUACGAAAGGCAAGAAAGUUUCUUCAUUGCCCUUGGUGAACCGAAAUGGAUGAAGCGAGGAAUAUCAGCUCUGCUGUUGAAUCAAGCAGCAGAUUUUGCACAAAGGAAGCCGUCGGUGGAGGAGGAAGAAGCCAAACGAAUUGCUGAAAUGGGGAAACCAAUUUUGGGUGAGCACCCGAAGCUUGAAGUCGUCAUUGAAGAAUCAUAUGAGUUUAAGAGCACUGUGGACAAGUUGAUUAAGAAAACCAACCUUGCCUUGGUAGUAGGGACACAUUCAUGGAGGGAUCAGUUCAUGGAAGCUAUUACUGUCAGUGCUGCUGGAGAUGAAGAAGAAGAUGACUCUGGAGAGGAAAGGCUGCCAUCUUGUUUUGACUACGUCAUGCAUUUCCUGACCGUGUUCUGGAAAGUGCUUUUUGCCUGUGUGCCUCCCACUGAAUAUUUAAAUGGGUGGGCUUGUUUUGUGGUGUCAAUUAUUGUCAUUGGCAUUCUUACUGCGAUCAUUGGAGACCUUGCCUCCCAUUUUGGCUGCACCAUUGGUUUGAAAGACUCUGUAACUGCAGUGGUGUUCGUAGCUUUUGGCACAUCUGUGCCUGAUACAUUUGCAAGUAAAGUGGCUGCUACCCAGGAUGUGUAUGCAGAUGCUUCGAUUGGAAACGUGACUGGUAGUAACGCAGUUAAUGUGUUUCUGGGUAUUGGUCUGGCGUGGUCUGUGGCUGCCAUCUACUGGGCCUCACAAGGACAGGAGUUCCAUGUGUCUGCAGGCACCUUGGCUUUCUCCGUAACCCUCUUCACCAUUUUUGCAUUUGUCUGUAUCAGUGUCUUGCUGUACAGGAGGCGACCUCAUAUUGGCGGAGAACUGGGUGGCCCCAAGGGCUACAGACUCGCCACAAGUUUGCUUUUUGUGAGCCUGUGGUUACUUUACAUCUUGUUUGCUACACUGGAGGCAUAUUGUUAUAUUAAGGGGUUCUAAAGUGAGGCCAGAUCAACUCUGCAUUACACUCCCGACUCAAGAUAGUAGGAGCAGAAGGAAUUCCAGCCAAUGAAAAACCAUCUUUGAAACUGCUGGACGUUAAUAACAACCCGAUCCAAAGGACAUUCAGACUGGUACUACUGGUUGAAGUGCAUUACAAGAGGUAGUGGUACACAGAAAGCAAAGAACCCCUAUUCAAUUGUCAAGUGCUUUCUAAUCAGGUACCAGAGCACUAUAAGACGCUAACAAACAGGUUAGGUAACAUGGUUUGAAAUUCAGUCUUUUUAUUUAUUUAUUUUUUAAACAAAAUAGCUAAUGUGCCACUUGGUAGCAAGUUACACGACCGUUUAACCAUGAACUCAAUAAUCCGAUGGUUUAGAACCAGCAAUUAUGUUUCUGAUAUAUUUGUUUUUACUUUAUUUCCCCCACUCUCUAAGGAGUUGCUUUAAACAGUCCUUAUUUAUUCUCUAUUUAUGAUAUGCCAUUCAUAGACCUCAGCAGCACCUCCAUUUUGAAACUGACUGGGGGAUGGAUAAAUGGUUAUUUCCCGUUUCAUUUCUUUUCUUUUUUUUCUGUCUAAUGACAAAUCGAAGGGAACGGCAAUGGGGAAUGCCAAGGAGUAGAAUUAAAGCCUAUUUUAAUAUCUAGAGCUAUAGUUUGAUGCAGGCAGUGUGAGAAAAGAGUACACAAGGACAAAUGAUUCCUGUUAAAGAGUUGGACUCUAGGAAUCUUGUUAUGGAGUUGGCUGUGCUCACAAGUUGAUGUCUUUUAUAUGGGUUACAAAACAAAAAUGGUGAGUGUGUGUGUGUUAGGAUUCUUUUACCUCUCUGCUUUUAGCCAAAACAGCUCUCCAGCACCUUUGGUAUCUUCACAAAUGGUUUGGCAAUGUCUACUGUGACACAAGGAGUUUCUUUCCUUUUGCUGUUUGCAGAGCUCUUGCCCACAGAUCACUCCUUUGCUUUGGGCAUUUAGCCCCAGUUGCUGCAUUUUUGAACAAAUGUCACCAAUUCAUGUAAAUUUAAAAAUUUUCAGUUUUGAUCUUUAUAUAUUUUGCUUUUCCCAGACCCAUAAUAAUUUACUCCCAUGUUUUUACCAUAUACAAGCCCGUCAACGUGAAGUGGGACUGUUCAGGGAUUAAAAUAUCAUUUAUCAAAGACGUGA